AUUUCGACCGGUCGGGGAGAGCUCAAAGCGCACAGGAUUUGACAGAUGUUCGAAUCGGAUAAACUGCACCGCAAAGAGAGAAUUGUGCAGCAUUUCGGAUUUACAUAGUGGUAGCCUAUAUGCGACAAAAUGUCUGGACAAAAGAGUGCGAAUCCGUGUAAUAAAUUCCAAGCGAACAUUUUUUAUAAAAGUAAAUGUCAGAACUGCUUCAAGUCUCGGGAGCUGCAUCUUCCAACUGAUCAUGGUAAGGACCAGGCCAAACCCAUCUAUGGAGGCUGGCUCUGCUUGGCUGCUGAGGGGACAGACUUUGACAAUCCAAUUCAGAGGUCAAGGAAAUGGCAGCGACGAUUCUUCAUCCUGUAUGAACAUGGCAGCAUGAGCUUUGCACUGGAUGAGUUGACAAGCACUCUGCCACAAGGAACAGUGAACAUGAAUCUGUGUACAGCGGUGAUUGAUGCAGAGCCUAAGACAGGCCAGAGGAACGCUUUGUGCAUCAUCACACCUGAACAGGAGUUCUUUAUCCGGGGGGAGAACAAGGAGAUCAUCAAUGGCUGGAGUGAACAACUAGCCGUUUACCCACGGACUUAUAAGCAGAAUCAGAAGAAGAAACGUAAAGUAGAACCCACUACUUCCCAGGAGCCCAGCCCAGCAAAGAUGGCUGCCACUGAGCCCAGUUUCUCAGUCAUGAAAAGUGGUGACCCUCACUCCAGCCUGUGGCAGGGAGAGCGGCCCAGUGGGGGUCCGGAUGUGGCUCCUGUCUGGACAGUGACAGAUACUGAUCCCCUGGGCCUGGACGAGACCUCUGCAGGUCAUGAUCCCCACUACCUCCCUUCAGCAUCCAGUGACUCCCUGACCUUUGACAGUAGUCUGCGGCUCUCCAACGGCUCCUGUAUCAGUAGCUCUGUGAGUUCCCUGGACUCUGUGGCUAGCGAGGGGACUGACACCAGCAGCAACAGCCAGCCCACAGAGCCUAUGCCAUACAGAGACCACCCACCUGCCAACAAGAACAACAGGGCAGAGAGAAGCUGCUACAAUGAGCCAGGGAAGGCUGCGAGGAGUGCUGUGGGAGAGGACCUGGGUCAGGCUGGAUCCAGGAAGGGCAGGAGUGAAGCUCGCAGCAACCAGAGAGAGAAACUGCAGUCGUGUGGAGAUCUAAGCCCAGGUCAACUCACCGUCCCUCCUCCUCAGAGAAGAGCUAAGUCACUGGACCGCAGGACCUCGGACUCUGUCAUGACUCCUGAUUUGCUGAACUUCAAGAAAGGGUGGAUGAUGAAACUGGAUAAGGAGGAUCAGUGGAGGAAAUACUGGUUUGUGCUGUCAGCUGACAGUCUGAGGUACUACAAGGAUUCCUUCGCAGAGGAGAACUCAGAUCUGGAGGGGGAGAUUGACUUGACCAAGUGUCAUAAUGUCUCAGAGUACCAGGUCCAGAGGAACUACGGCUUUCAGAUCCAUACCCAGAAGUGUGUCUUUACUCUGUCAGCCAUGACUGCAGGGAUACGGAGAAACUGGAUCCAGGCCCUCAUGAAGAAUGUCCAUCCAUCUAACGCUCCUGAUGUAGCCAGCAGCUUGCCAGUCCAUCGCAUCCCUUGCAGCCCAACAGAGUCCCUGCCCCUCCCUAAGCCAGACGUGACCCAGGACUCCUCCCCCUCCUCUGAGGUCCCUACAGAGAGAGUCCAGGGGCCCAAACAGAGCCGCAUCCAUGAGAGGAGACGCGAAGGGCGCUCCAAGACCUUUGACUGGACUGAGUUCAGCCCUAUGGCCCUGCUAGCCUCUGAGCAGGAGGUGCAGCAGGAAACAAAGGAGCCUCUUCGGAUGGAGGUAGGGGAUCUGGAGAGGAAGAGGAGGCGAGAGGAGAGGAGGAGGAGGUAUGACAGCAUGCUAGGCUUCCUUGUGGGCUGGGAGAUGGACUGUGACAGAGGAGGUAUCAGUCCCAGGUCACCCAGGACUCACCAGAAGGUGCAGAGGGAGAUUGAACAAUGCUGGCAGCAGGUGGAAAGGACUGCCUUUAGACAGGAGAAGACUGUUCCAUUGUACACUGAGUCCCAGGGCAAGGAUAAAGAGGAUAUGGGGAUUCUACUGGAGACCUACCACAGGAGGGUAGAGGAUUUGAAGGGCCAGUUGGCAAAGUCAGACCAUCGCAGGCUUGAGCUGAAGGCUCAGUUGAGCACUGCAUUAGGAUGCCAGCAUCAUGCCUCCCUGCCGCUUGAGGCCCCAAUGUGCCCAGAAGAUGAUCUUCCCUCUUUGAAAAGCCUGACUGACAUGUACAGGGAGACCAGAGAGCUCCUCCAGCAACAGGAGCUGAAGAGACAGAACAUACAGGAGCAGCUCCAGGAGCAGCUUGGCCUGUCCCUGUCAUCAGCCCCUCUGGAGAAACACCGCUCCCCUGGAACUCACCCAUCACCACCACCCAGCAUCUGGCUGCAUGACACCGAGGGAAAGCUCCAGGAGCUGGAGGAUCUGUUCCCUGACUGCCCUAUAUCAGUAAACACACCUGUCAUGUCACCAACCUCAGACACAGAACUCUCAUCUGACUCUGUGCCUCAGAAUGGAAGUGAGAACAGAGGGCCUAACUUGGGCAGUGAAACUAGCUCUCCGACACAGUUUGAAAAUGGAAGCCAUCAACAGACAUCGAUUCCAGAAUCACACACAAAAAGUUGUGCAUGGAGCCCAGAUUCACUGAGCAUGGAGGAAACUCAGGAAAGAGCCAACAGCGUGAGAAUAGACAACCUACUAUGCUGUGAGACACCCAGGCCCACGGAGGAGUACGUAGACCCAGACCAGGCCAUCGUGAUGAGGAGACUAUCCCAGGAGGUAGAGCUGCUCAGCAGCCAGAACAAGGCCCUCAACCAGCACAACCAGGAGAUGCUCAACCAGCUGACAGAGGCAGACAGAGAGAUAGAGAGACUGAAAGCAGAGCUUAUCACUCAGUACAGUGGGCCUCAGUUCCUCCCUGAGGCAGAGCAACACAGCCAGACCAAAGUGGAAGGCCUGGAGAAGGAGCUGCGAAGGAGAGAUGAGCAGCUCCAGGAGGCCCAGUCCCUACUAUCCUCAAUGGACCAGCGUCUGAAGGAGACAGAGGUACAGCUGCAGCUCAGGGAGGACACUUUCAAAGACCUGGGCUUCCCAGCAGAAGAGGAUGAUGAUGAUGAUGAAGAGGAGGAAGCUGAGGAAGAGAAUAUCAACACACACCACCUUGGAGAGAAGGAGCGGGAACACCUUCAACAGUGUCUGCAGGCCAUGGAGGCCAAGCAAUUAGAACUAGAGAGACAGCUCCAGCACACAGAACAGACCUGCAGGGAGCUGCAGGCCCACAACACACAACUCAGAGAGGCUGAGAGGUUGUACAGCCAGAGAGCCAUGGAGGCAGAGGCUGACAUCGUAAGGAUUAAUGAGGAAGUAGAGAAGGAAAGGACGGUGGAGAAAGAAAGUGGAUUGAGGUGUAGCAGUGAAGGCAAAUGGCAGGAGGUAAUAUUGGAUUCAGGUGAAGAAAGGGUUCAGCAAGUGGUGGAAGGGAUAAGGUUGAUGUCCAGAACCUUAGGGAGAGUAGUGCAGGUGAUUGACAGGUCAGAUAUGGGUGUGGUAAAGAUGCCAUUAGAUAGAAAGUGUGUGGAGGUGAACCAGACAGUGGUCAGGCAGCUUCAGUUAGAGGAGGAGUUUUGGGGAAGGCUGUUGAACAGUUUGAAGGUCAACCCAUCCCAGUCCAAUGAGGAUAAACUCACAGAUGUGAUUCUAAGUCAGAUUUUAGAACACAUGGUAGUGGAAAAGCAGACGCUCCUCCUAGCUCAUAGUCUUUUUUCUCAUAAUAAGAAAGAUUUAAACAUAAACACUGGAGGCCUGGACAGGAUGAAUGGAUGCAGGUCUUUGAGAGACCUGGACAUCAUUGGAAACACAGCAGGUGAAACAGGUUCAGAAAUGAAAGAGGAAGAUGAUGAUGAGAGGAUAUGGAAUGUGUACAACCAGCAUAAUGACACCGAUGACUUCAUAAGCCGACAUUUCACAGAGAUCACACAGGAGAGAAUUUUCCUGCUCAACCAAAUCGCCUCCUCAGUCGGAGCCUCGGCCAAUGACGAGCUCCAGUCCCUGGCACAAAGACUUUGUCAUUUCCACAAUGUAAAUGAGCCCCGGUUAGCUUCCAUACACUGCACCGCCAUGGAAGCCUUCUCAUCCUAUCGUCUCAGUAGGCUUAACACUCUACACAAGAGCCAAUUUCAAGAGACUCAACAGGGACUGCUCAUUGCUUCUUCUCCUUUGAUGUGCAACAGAUGUGCUGGGCUGCUGAGUGAAAACCAGCAGCUUGGGGCCAGACUGUCAGACCUGGAGAGACAGGGGAGUUCCUCAGUGGGAUUAGGGUUGACCCCCCUGAGGCAGGGAGAACACAUAGACUCACAGCAAACAGCCACACAGCUACUAGACACUGCAAGUGAGCAGAAGACAGAGACGCCUGCAAUGAAUGCUGCAGGUAAAAUGGAGGUGGAAAGCCCAAACCAGGGGAGUGACGCAGUAGAGGAAGUGUGCAGGGUUAGAAGGUGUGCAGAAGUGGUGGAGCGUGACUUCCUGACCAACAGCAUUGAGAGUCCAAUGAUAAAGGUAGAGAGUAGGGUAGAUGAGGUAGAGAGUAGGGUAGAUGAGGUAGAGAGUAGGGUAGAUGAGGUAGAGAUUAGGGUAGAUGAGGUAGAGAGUAGGGUAGAUGAGGUAGAGAAAGGAAUCCAGGAAGUUGAUACUGAAAAGGAUGUAGAGGAGAGGAGCACUACUGAACCCCAUGAAGAAGCAAACACUCUGGGGGCGGAGGAGCUGGAGAAUGUGUUAUCAUCACUGAGAGGUCGUGUGAAGGAUCUGGAGAAGCAGCUGUCUGUCAUGGCCAACAUUAAAGCAGAGCAUGAUUGGAGAAUGGCAUCUCUCCAGCUGAAACAUAAGGAGGACAUAGAAAAGCUAAAGGCCACAUAUGAGCAUGGAUUUGUCACCAUGGAGGAGUCCCAGCAGAGGAUCGUGGGGGAACUGCAGCACAGACACCAGCAGGACCUGCAGCGCCUGCAGUUAGACACAGACAGACUGCUGGAGGAGGAGACGGCUGCUACUAUCACAGCAAUUGAAGCAAUGAAGAACGCUCACCGUGCCGAACUCAAGAGAGAGAUACAGAGGGCAUGCCAUGAAAACAACAAUGCAGGAGACAUGAACCUUGGAGAGAUAUGCAGGCAACACAGUGAGGAGCUGGCCUCCUGUCACAGGGAGCUGGAGGUGUUGUCCCAGCAGUACUCUCUAAAGUGUCUGGAGAGCUCCCACCUGGGCCAGGCCCUGGAGGCAGAGAGACAGGCUCUGUGUCAGUGUCAGCAGGAGAACCAGGACCUCAGAACUUGCAACCAGGAGCUGAGUGGCCAUCUAGCUGCAGAGAUCACCAGACUUUGCUCUCUGGCCAAGCAGAACACCUUCCCUCUUAGUCAGGAGAGAGAUGUGUAUGAGCUGGAGAUCUCCCUGCGUGUGAAGGAGUCAGAGGUGCAGUGCCUCAAGCAGAAGAUCACCUCGCUCAAGGAUGAACUCCAGACAGCCCACAGGGAUAAGAGGUAUGCAACAGAGACGUACAAGGACAUCUACACAGAGCUAAGCAUCAUGAGGGCCAAGGCAGAGAGAGACCUGGGACAGCUCAGGGAGAACCUGAGGUUGGCCCACAAAGCACUAGGAGAGCUCUCACCUGCAGUGGACACAGAUAAUAAUGAGUGUCAAGGAAGAUAACUGCAGCUGAACAACAAGACACAACGCACAACAUGGAUUGUUCAUCGGUCUAUCCAUGUUUACAUCAUUUAGCACUUAGAGAUCCAAAGUUAUAUUGUCAAACAUUUUAUGUCCUAUCUACCGUUUCUGUACUACAGAAUUUUAAAAGCGCAUUAUUUGAGGAUUCUGUAUUUUUACAUCAUUGUAUCUAAACGCACAUUUUGUAGACGUUUUCCUUUCCCGAUGAACAUUUAUCUCAAGACGUUUGUAAAAUGUGUAGAAUUAUUACACUGCUAUGUCCAAUCCAGUUAUUGAACGGGGAUAUUUCUAAAGACAACUCAAAUUAAGUUUGCUUUUCUUACCUGUGAAAUACAUGAAAAAGUAUGUAUGUACCAUCUGAGUCUAUAAUGUAAAAGUAUUAUUUGUUUGUGUGUGGGUGGUUUUAUUUGUAUGCGUUUAUCUUGGUCCUGCUAGUACACAUUUUGAUGUUCUUUAUUCAUGUCAAGUAAUCUAAUGAUAAAUUAAAUGGAUUUAUU